AUGUCACAUUCGCGGCAGUCUUCCUCUGAGAUUGGCCGUACGUUGACCGCGGCAGAUGCUGUGGACGAGAACAACAUCGUCAGUGGUGCUGGUGCUAAUUGCAAGACACCGUUCAUAAAUGACGGCGACUGGAAGGAGUGGUCCGUGGAGAAUGUCGUUAGUUGGUGCCAGACGUCACUGAAUUUGCCAGACGACGAUGUUCUGUGCCGACAACUCGCUGAGAACGAAAUAACUGGGGAUCUGCUGCCCGAAUUGUGUCUGGACGACUGUAAAGAGUUGUGUACAGGCGAUAAUGGUGCGGUUCCCGCUGUAGAGGGCACUGUUCAGAAGGCAAUACGGUUCAAGCUGAUGAUUAACAAGCUGGUUAACGAAAACGGUACUCAAAAGGACGAGCUACAAGAGCAGCAAGAAAACAUGGCCAUAUCACUACGAAACUUGUACUCCACGGUCUCGACGAAGUUGCAAGAAUAUCAGACGCAGUACACUAGUCUUAGAAUGGACCUGUUGGAACUGUUCAAGAAUUCGAACAAUGCAGCUACAGAACCUGCCACAUCGCGUAAUGGCAGUAGAUCAGGUAUCACUUCAUCGGCACACAUUACUUCUGCAUCACAGUCACCGACCAGAACCGCGAGACCACCAAACGUUAAUACACACUCUGCACAGCAGGCCCAAUUCCCGCCGCAUAGCCAGCUGUCGCACUCGCAUUCCCACACGGGGCAUAUCGCAAACAGCGCAAUGAGCUCUCAGGGAGGUGGUCCACCACGGAAGGAUAGUGCCGCCUUGGCUCAUACUGGUGGUACGGCUGGAAUCACAAGCGAGCCCUUAAAGCAGCUGCGGGCGUCUAAGGAAGAUUCGUGUGAGCGGAUUCUGAAGAACGCGAUGAAACGACACAAUUUGAACGACCAUGAUUGGAGACAGUACGUCCUUGUGCUUGGAUACGGUGAUCAAGAGCGCAUCAUCGAAAUGCAUGAGAAACCCGUCGUGAUGUUCAAGAACCUGAAGCAGCAGGGGCUGCAUCCGGCAAUCAUGCUGCGAAGAAGAGGAGACUUCGAGGAGAUGGCUUCCGGGAACAGUAGUAAUGGAAGUAACAACAAUACACCCGGUGGGAGAUUGUGA